AUGGAACCAGUCGAAGAAUUUUGUUUGAGCGGAUGUGGAUUUUUCGGAUCACCAGCCACCGAAGGACAUUGCUCGGUGUGCUACAAAAACGUGAUCCUGAAACAACAACUAGCUUCUGCGCUAGCAGCAGCAUUACCAAAGUCAGCUGCAGCUCCAGGAGCCACGUGUUCAAAUGCCGAGUCAACUAAAGGACCAUUAGGAUCAGCUGGCGAGAAAAUAACUGAUGACGUCACGCCGAUGGAAGCCGUAGACCGUGAAGUUGGAACUUCGGAUGGUGAAAAACCAAAGAAGAGGAAUCGCUGCUUCACCUGUCGCAAGAAGCUUGGUCUAACUGGAUUUGAUUGCCGCUGUGGAGGUGUUUUUUGUAGUCUUCAUCGAUACAGUGACAUGCACAAGUGCAAUUUUGAUUACAAGAAGAUGGCCGCUGAGGAAAUUACCAAAAAAAAUCCAGUUAUUAUUGGUUCAAAAGUGCAAAAGAUUUAA